ACAGCAUUACGUUUCUUUGCGAAGGGUGAAUAUUUAUCAGAAGUAGCUGAUGUACAUGGUAUAUCAAUGUCAUCAGCAUCCAGGAUAAUCUCUUCAGUGAGUGUGGCCAUCUGUGAAGUGUUGAACAACAUAAACUUCCCAACCACCAAUGAAAUCAACAAAGUCAAAGAUGGAUUUCACAAAAUUGCUGGAUUCCCCAAUGUUGUUGGUGCCAUUGAUGGAACCCUGAUACCAAUCCAGGGGAUGGCUGGAAUUGAAGAACCCACUUUUGUUUGCAGGAAGGGCUUUCAUGCACUUAACAUACAAGCAGUAUGUGAUUCAGAACUGAGGUUUACGAAUAUCGUUGUAAGAUGGCCAGGCUCAACCCAUGAUGCUUUCAUUCUUAGCAACUCAUGCUUACCAAAUACAAUGGAAACAACAAAUGGCUGGUUACUGGGUGACUCUGGAUAUCCCCUGAAGAAAUGGCUUAUAACACCAGUAUCAAACCCCAGUAACCAGCAAGAGGUCAACUUCAAUCUAGCCCACACCCAAACAAGAAACACUGUAGAGAGAGCUUUUGGUGUGUUGAAAAGCAGAUUCAGAUGUAUGCACAAAACUGGAGGAAGCCUUCAAUUUACUCCAACAAAGUGUUUGAAGAUAGUAGAAGCUUGUUUCAAACUUCACAACCAGGCACUGAAGGACAAACUUCCAACAGAAGUGAACACUUUUGUUAAUAUUUAUCAUAAUGAUGACAUUUAUGUUCAACAGGGCAACCAAACUGAAGGGCAAGCAAUUCGACAGAGGCUCAUUCAAAGAUUUUAAAUGAUUGUCAAAUAGAAUCAAUAUACUGUACUUAACAAUGUCCUCUAUAAUUUACAUCAUAUAUUUCAAUAUGGAAAAUGAAAUCAAUACAUUUUUUUCAUCUUAAUUAUUAUAAAAAAUCUUUAAUAUUUAUGCAUAACCAUUUAACCAAUUUUGAAAGAACAAUUAUUUGAUAUGGAAUCAAAAUUUGAUUUAAGACUAUAUUUCAACUAGCAUUAUUGAAAAUGUGGACAUUGUUAUUUCUACACAUACAUUAAUGAACAUAUAAUAAAGCAGUAACUAAAUAAUAAAUAAUUUUAAUAUAUAUACUUUUAAAUGAAAUAUUGAGAUAUAUUGAUGAAAUAAAAAUGCGUAU